GAGCGGCGGCGCCAUGGGGGAACGGGGCGGCGACGGUGGGAACAGCGGCAGCGACGAGGCCGUGGUGGAGGGCUCGGUGACGGACAGCGAUGUGGAGGAAGAGGAGCUCCGCAGGAGGGGGUGGUUGCCCUUUCUGGAUAAGGACAUGGCCAUAACAACUGAAAUAAAAAUUACUGAAGGAGCUCUCUCUCCAGAAAUCUGUUUUAUACAGAAAUUUUUUGAUCACACAUAUAGUCAAAAAGAAGAACAGAUAAAUCCAAUAGCUGAAGAGGUAUGCACAUUUGACCAGUCUCAGUCUCUACUGCAGGGUUGGAUUAACAUUCCAUCACUUCCUGAAAAUAUUUCUAAGCCAGGUUUUGCGCUAAAUGCUGCAGUAGCGGGACAGCAAAAUAAUACUGUAGAUAUCAAAUUGAACGGAUUUGAAAAAGAUUCCGAAGAAAAGAGACUAAUUAAUGAAGAUCUGUCUCCAGAAGUAAGACUCUCUCUAGAUGCUCUUCUGGAGGAUAUAAUAAUGAUUCCAAAGGAAGAGAUACCACAAGAUAUAUUUCUGGAUGUUUUAGAAGAUUGCCAGAGAACCUGCAUGACCAUUAUUGACACAGAUAACAGAGUAGAAGAACAUUCCCCUAAUAGUGAUACAGAUCUUUCACUGGCAUCCCUAGGGAAGAUUUUCAUGGAACAAUUCACUGAACAGAGUAUAGAGACUGGUGAAUUUGAGAUCAGUGAUUUGUUGAGAUCCCCCAGUGAUUCUGAGAGUCUUAAAAUGAUAAACCCAUUGCCUGACAAGUUAGAGUGUCGGGGUCAUGGCUUUUCCGUUGAUCCAUCAGCAGAGGAGAGCAGUGAUGCCCUGCCGGUACUGCUUGUGACAGCUCUGAAUGCCUUGUCAGCAUCUGUAGUACAACCUGUCACUCCUGUAGAGCCAAAUGAGAGACAGUUUAACACGGAGGGAGAGCAGUUAAAUUCAGAACCCAGUAUUCCCCAGUUAAAUGGUGACUGUACACAAAUAACAAAUAUAAUAGAGCCUCACCUUGCUACAAUUCAGGUGGAAGAAAUAGAAGCCUUAACAGGAUCUAACUUGCAGAGGACAGCAAAUGAGCAACCUGUAAGUGAUCAACAGAGAGAGAAAGAAGCAAUUUCAGAUUGCUGGCGUGCCACCUCUAGUGAAAAGCAAACUGGGGAGGCAAGUUCACAUUCAGUGGAGGCUGCGGCAUGUGCAGAAACAGCCCAAACAAUAGAUCCUGUUUCCAGUCAUCGCCAAAUACGAAAAGAGACUCAGCAGCGGAUGUCUCACAGUGUCAGUACAACAGGAAACAAAGCUAAGGAUUUUGAUAAAAUUCAGAAAUCUACUUCUAAAGACAAGCAGAAUCUAGAAACCAACACAUGCCAAGAAAUAACUGUGAAAGAGGACAGAAAAGUUGAGCAGAGAAGAAGGAGCAAGAGAAUUGAAAACAAACGUAGACAAGAAGCCCUUGGUAGGAAUGCAGUAAAUCCUAUUUGCCCCACUUCGCUUUCAACAAUCAGUAGGAGGAAUACUUACGGUGGAGAUGAUUCAAAUAAUAUGUUAAAUACUCAAAGCGUAGAGGAUACAAACCUGCACCAGAUUUCCUUACAGACAGAUGAGUCAGAACCAGCGUGUGCAAAUCUUAUGAAUUCAGACAGCACAGACAUAUUGCAACAGACUAUUGUAAAUGAAGUGCAAAACAUUUAUACCAAUAUAUCUGAAGAUGGAACCACCUGCACUGAACAGACACUUCAAGCAAAUGCAGAAACUAAUGGAGAAAGUGUUUCUGGAAGUCCUUAUAAUUCUACUAGUGGUGUACUAAGCACCAUUGAACAAAAGGCUCCACAGACAGAAAAAGGAGGGAGGAUCCUGCCUAAUGCAGAAGAAGGUGUUGAAGGAUGUCACAUGGAAACUGAAAAUGCUAGUAGUUUAGGGGUCGAGCCUAUAGCUUUACAACUCCAUGAGAAGGGCACACUUCAUGUUAGACGAAAGAGAGACGAUCUUCAGGAGACCAACUCAAAAGCAGAUCUGAAUUUUGGUGUUAACAUAGAGAGCAAGUCUCCUUACUCAUUUCAGAUUGUGGAAAACACACAGAAAGAAACCUCCCAGAAAACAGAUGAAGGAGUCUUUGCUGCAGUAACUGGAACAGAAGGCACUGAAAAAAAUGGAGAAGGAGGAAAUGCAGAGACCAACAUGCUUUCACAGUUUACUGAAACAGAAGUCCAGACUAAAAGAGUAAGAUUACACCCUCAGGAGACAAGCCAAAAGGCAGCCUCCUAUUCGAAUAGCAGCAAAAACAAACUUUCAUCUAAUCAGUUACAAUUCAGUCAAGCAGCAGAACAGCAAACAUCCAAGAAAGGAGAGCCCUCUGUAUCUACCAGAAAAGAAGCUGUAAUUUUACAUAAUACCUAUAAUACAAGAGCUAGGAGCAAGAUGAAAACUAAGAGAAAUGCAAAAGGGGAAACUCCACUGCAUGUUGCUGCUAGGAGAGGAGAUUUGUCUUUGGUGAAAACUCUAAUAUCAUCUGGAAUUUGUGUCAAUGAACAGGACUAUGCAGGUUGGACAGCAAUUCAUGAAGCUUCCAAUAGGGGAUUUACUGAAGUGAUCUUAGAAUUACUGAAAGCUGGUGCUGAUGUUAACAGCAGAAAUUUGGAUGGUAUUUUGCCAAUACAUGAUGCUGUUUCUGGCAAUUAUUUAGAGGCAGUCAGGAUUCUGCUACAGCAUGGAGCAAAUCCCUGUGAGAGGAGUGAUUCAGGGAAAAGUGCUUUGGAUGGCGCUUGUGAUGAUGAAAUGAAAGAACUGCUGAAGCCUUACAGUGCUAUGGACUCUGCACUUCCUGUUGAGACUACAGAAGUUACAGAGAGGAAAUGUCCUCCUAGGUCAAGAAGAUCAAAACGUCAUUGUUGUGACUACUGUAAAAAUGAUGAUGCAGCUUUGGAGCCACAACAUGAGAAAUACAGUGUUUCUGUUGCUGCCAUACAAGAUGCAGAACAGCAGCAAAAAGAACUGUUGCUACUUGAAUUGAGAACUUCCAAAGAUGCAGAUGUGUAUAUCCAAAGGCUGUCUCAGAUGCAAAAUACUUUGAAUGAAAUGCUUGCAAAACAAAGAACGGAAAGGGAUACCCUUGCUAAAAAAUACAGGGCUUCAGUGGAAUCUCUUAAAAAAGGAGCACUGAGGAAGCAAUUAGUUAACCUUGCUUCUAGGCAAAAGCGUCUAUUGACUGUUGCCCAAACCCAGGAAGAAUUAGUCCAGAAAGUGCAAAAUUACAGAAAAACAAAGCAAGUGUUCAGUGCAUCAUGUUCAGAGAAGCAAACCUCAAACUUAGUUAUUUCCUGUGAAAAUGAUAAAAGACAAAGUUUAACUGCUGAUGAAAUCAUGUGUCCUGAUGUAGUUACAUUUAAUAUGGGGCUUUGUGCCAGCACGCCUAAUGGAAACAGAGUAGAGGCACAUCUCUCUUUAGAAAAUAGAUUUUCAGCUCAGGAACGCAGCCAACAUCCACACAUCUGCUUCGAUGAGACGGAAGCAAAUAAAGAAGCAAUUAGAAGCAAAGAGGCUUCUGAUCAUGCUUUGGCAUCCAAAAGCAGGGUAAGAGAAUAUCCCUUCAACAUGUCAAUGCUGACAAAUGCUGUAGAAGUGGUGACAUUGCCUUCGGAACCUACUGUUUCCACUGCUAAAACAAAGUGCUCACAGCAAAAAAACAUUGAUUGUGUAGCAACUGUGGAACAAGGAAUCAAGUCUUUAAAUCCCACUUCAGUGACCAACGCAUUAAAUAUUGUAGAACCCCGAAGCACUGUUGUCAAUAACAAUGUCUGUCAGCCAGGCAGCAACCACCAGCAGGUUCUUGCAGAUGAGGAUCUACACAGAUAUGUAAAUAAGAAUGAAGCUUUCCAGCAGCAGCAGCAAGUAGUUUUGUCAACAUCUACAAAGAACUUCCCUAAUACUCUGCAGCAAGGGAUCUUUUGGAGUAGUGAGAACUCAUUUAAUGCCAACUCGGUGCUUAAAAAUCAUACCUCAAAUACAGAUUAUCCAGUAAAACUCAGUGAAAAAUCUUCCCAGAGCUAUAGUAACCAGGAAUGUGAACAGAAACAAGUGAGGUAUGGAAGAAAAAAUAGGAAAAAGCUUCACUUGAUAGAUCUGCUUGAAUCGGGAAGGAUUAAGCCAGGAGAAAACGUUUUAGAAUUCAAACUGCAGGAAUUUAGUCAUAAAGCCACGCUUUUAAGCAAUGGCAAGAUCAGAACGAGUAAGAGACAAAUACUGGAGAAUCCAGUUCAGUGGGUUAAAGAACUACUAGGAAGUGAUAUUUCUGUGACAUGGAAGUAUGUGUGGAAUAAGGUUACAUAUCUUGGGACACAGUUGUCAAAAUUUCUUGUUGAAGAAGUGUCAGUUUCUAGUGACCUGGAAUUACCACGUCAAGAAAGAGAUCCUUUGGCUAAUAAUUUUAUCACGAGGGACCCCAGCAAUCACAACCAGCACCAUCAGAGUCCUGGUACUCUCUCCGUUGCUCAGCCUCUUGGGAGCUUUGACCUGAGCCAUAAGCAGACAAAAAUCCCAUCCUUGCCACACACAGAAGUUGUGAAAACAUUGGUAUGCACAGAAAAAGAAGCAUCUGUUACCAAGGAAUUUAAGAGCACUUCUGUCCAGUUUAACUCGGUGGAAAGUCUGACGCAUUUUCUUCAAUUCCAUGAGAUAGUGAUGGCACGUAAAGAGGAGUUUCUACCAUGCUCUGUAAUGGAAAAGCACUGGAAUUUCUACAAAGGAUGUGAGGAUUUUGGGUUCUAAAGACUUCUUAAGUGCUAACAUUUUUUUCUUCAUCAUCACUUGAAAGUAAACAUUUGAGUUUUAGAACUAAGUACUUUGUUACUGUCAUUUUGAUAAAUCAUUUGCCCAGCACUCGGAAUGGACUGAAAAAUUGUUUAGGUAAAUGAGGAACAGGGGAGUACUUUGUAGCAGGUGAGGAUAACUGUCAAUAUUGAAUUUUGCACUGUAAGAUUAAGAAAUGGGGAAGUAGGCGAGGACUGUUACACAUUAGUGCUCAUUGUGAAAUACAUUUGCAGUUGGUAACUUUGUAUGAAACUCCACUGAUUUCAGUGACUGCCCAUGCUUCAGAACCAGGUAGGUAUCAACACCGAUAGUUGCUUCCUACACCUAAACGUGGAUCCUCUCUGCCUGGGCGUGUGCCACCAGAAAUGGCUGUAUGUGUUUGUGUAAUAGCAUAAGCUGUUAGGUUAGGCAAAAAAAUCAAGAUGGGCAGCUUUGAAAAUCACCAGCAGCUUUGCUUUAUUUGGCAUGGGUAUAUGCAAACAUUUGAGAAGGGGGUGAGUGCUGGGAGAGGUUAAAAGAGGAAUCUUGGCCAUUGGAAAUGCGCAGGGAAAUUCCAUUUGUGUUCCAGCCAAGUCUUUCUGAUAGGCAGAAAAUGUGCUGGCGUAUGGCAGGAAAUAAAGUUAACCUGUUUGUGGAACAUGAAUUUUUCCACCUAACAACUCUUAGAUACUCAUCCCGAUCUCUGAGGAUUUCUAUUUGUUUUAAUUUUACAAUGUGUGAAUCUGCCUCAGUGGCGUAUUUAUAACACAUUUGACUGUCAUUAGAGUUAUCUGCAUUCAAACGGCAUCCUUGCUCUUCCGUUCUCUGGAUUAUAAGAAGAGAUGAAAUAAUAGCACCUGCUACUCCUAACUCCAGUGAAUGGGAUGAGAAAUAUCUCCUGUCAGUACAUAACAACCUCAGCUCACUAUUUGGAGUGCGAAGGGCUGUUCUGCAGAGAUUUGAUUAGUGUCUUAAAGAGAAGGUGGUUUAGGGAAGAGAGCGGGGUCUGAUGUGCAGGUCUGCUCUGCCCUAGCAUGCAUGAGCGAUUGUAGCCUGAUGGGCUGUAAGGAUAAAGAAAUGCAAACUGCCUGGAAGUCAAAAAGGUUAAAAGCUACUGAGUGACAGGUAUUUCGUAAAGGUCACUUUCCACACAGGUAGAAAAUGGAGCGGUCGCACAGCUGCAGCAGCAAAACAAACCUGAAGGCGUAUUGGUUUAAAGGAAAUGUUCAUUCAAAUACUACACUUCCACUGUCCCUGAAAAGUGAAAGGCUUUUAGCUGUUAAAAUGACUCUGGAAUUACUUACGUGUUUGUUUGGCAUUUUUUCUUUGUUACAAGGUGUCUAAUAAAAUUAAUGUAUAAAAACUGGGAGGAUUUGACAGUAAUACUUUUAAUCCAGUAUAUUAACAUGAUUACGUGACCUAAGGCAACCCUAAGGUACGGUGACAAAAAAUCUGAUUGAUUCAAGCUGGGCAAAGAGGUAAAAAUGCAGUGUUACAUGAAAAUCACUGUGUCUUACUGAUGCUAUAUGUAAAAGUAAGCUACCAGGGUGGUUUUUUUCCAGUAGUUGUAUUUUACAUAAGCAUCUUGAGAAAGGUGUUACCUUGACAAAAUAUGUUUUAAUAU